AUGAAGAGUUCCAGCCCAAACUAGUAUCCACUGUACUUCUUCAGCAUGUGGUAAAAAUGAUGGAGAAAAGAUCACAUUUUUAUUUUACAAAGCCAGAGUCACACAGAGUUUGCAGGCUUUUACAGUUGGCCUUACCAUAUUUGCAUACCAUCUUCAUUGCUUGGAAUCAGUAAUAACUUGGUCUCAUACCCAAAAACUGAAUACACCCUACUGCUCCCAACUGGUCACUGUACUUCUUCAUCAUGUGGUAAAAAUGAUGGAGAAAAGAUCACAUUUUUAUUUUAUAAAGCCAGAGUCACACAGAGGUUGCAGGCUUUUACAGUUGGCCUUCCCAUAUUUGCAUACCAUCUUCAUUGCUUGGAAUCAAUAAUAACUUGGUCUCAUACCCAAAAACUGAAUACACACAACUGCUCCCAACUAGUCUCUACAACACACACAUCACAAUAAUAUUGCUUCAGAAUCAAGAGUUUAAGACCUCCACCCUCAUUUUCUCAGCAAUCCUAGCACAAUGUUUGCUUCCAAUCCCACAGCUAUGCCCACCACAGCCUCAACUAUGUUCUCGGCCUACGCCUCAUUUGCUGCCUCAAUGAUGCUGGUCCGUUCCAUAACGGACCAGCUCAUCCCAGGGCUGCUCCGAACCUACAUUUCCUCAUCCCUCAGGCACCUAUUCACCCCUCUCUCCACCACCUUGACUGUCGUCAUCGAAGAGUACGACGGCAUCAUCGCCCGGAAUGAAGUCUUUGACGCGGCGGAGCUCUAUCUCCGGGCCAAGAUCAGUCCUCUCACAGAACGUCUCAGGGUCAGCAAAACUCCUAAGCAAAAGGCCAUCAGCUCCGCCAUUGAUAAAAACCAAGAGCUAGUGGACACAUUCGAGAACAUGAAGCUCAAGUGGAAAUUUGUGUGUGUAGAGCCCAAAAAUGGUGGACAUUACUCUUAUGAUAAGCGUCACUACGAGCUGAGCUUCUACAGAAAGCACAAGGAGAAAGUGAUGGAGUGUUACUUGCCGUAUGUGUUAGCUAAGGCCAAGGCCAUUAAGGAAGAGGAGCAAGUUUUGAAGCUUUUCACACUCGACCGCGAUGAGAACUCUCGCGGUUCGGGGUUGUGGAAGUCCAUUAAUCUGGAGCACCCCUCCACCUUUGACACAGUGGCGAUGGAGCCGGAGAUGAAGAAGAGGAUUAUUGAAGAUUUGGACAGGUUUGUGAGGAGGAAAGAGUUUUACAAGAAGGUGGGGAAGGCUUGGAAGAGAGGCUACUUGCUUUAUGGUCCUCCGGGGACCGGGAAAUCGAGCUUGAUUGCGGCAAUGGCGAACUAUUUGAAUUUUAGUAUCUAUGAUUUGGAGCUGAGCAGCAUUUCCAGCAACACUGAGUUGAGGAAGGCCUUGCUGUCUACGUCGAAUCGGUCUAUAUUGGUGAUAGAGGAUAUUGAUUGCUCUGUGGAAAUCCAAAACAGAGAGGCAGAGGAGGGUGCUUUUCAGAGUAAUAAGUCCAAAAAGAUGUUGACGCUUUCGGGGUUGUUGAACUUCAUUGAUGGUUUGUGGUCGAGUUGUGGUGAUGAGAGGAUCAUAGUGUUCACAACGAACCAUAAGGAUCGGCUUGACCCGGCAUUGCUGCGUCCAGGGCGAAUGGACAUGCACAUUAACAUGUCCUAUUGCACUGUAGGGGGUUUUAACACACUUGCUUCGAACUAUCUUGGCAUUCAUCGCAGCAACCGUCACAGGCUUUGUGGCGAAAUUGAAGGACUAAUUGAGAGCAGUGAGGUCACUCCUGCAGAGGUUGCUGAGGAGCUAAUGAGGAUCGAUGAUGCUGAUGUUGCUCUUGAAGGACUAGUGAGCUUGCUCAAGAGAAAGAAAGUUGAGAGAAAUGAAGCAAAGGAGGAGGAGAGUAACAAAAUUGAGAUUCAAUAUGUAAAGAGGCAGAAAACUGAGCCAAAUGUUAAUGGUGACAAUCAAAACAUGUUGAGCUGAAUUAAUAGAAGUAGAGUGACUACUAAAGGUUGGAUCUUCAAGUAUGUUUCUAUAGGAACUUUUGUAGAAUUUGAACUAGCUGUGAUUCUGAACAAUCAAACUGUUCUGUUUUAGGGUAACUUCUUUACUAUCAAACUGAUAUGUGCAGGCAUCUUUUGCGUGUCAUC